AAUUAGGGAGAAAGAAGAAUUGGUUUCUGGUUUGUGUUUGGAUCUGAACAACCGGGAGACCGCUCCACAGAGAAUAGCGAAAAUAGAGAGGAGAAGGAGAAGAUGAAGGUCUCCUUUUUCUGAGUGGCGUGUUAACCAAAAAAUUCAAGCGUUUUAUUAGAAAAAUGACGCGUUUUCGUUGUCCUGGCGGUCGUCCUCCUCUUCCUCUUCCUGAUUUGAUUACAUUAAGUUGUCCGUCCCGACUCCGAACCCAAUUAUGGUAAUUAACCGCGCCCUGCUCCUUGCUCGUUUUCUUCGUAUGAUAUGGGCAUUUGGAUGGUGUUGUAUUUCUUCAGCGUAUUGUGGAUGUGCUCUUAGGGUUAGUACCCAACUAUAGUAUAGUAGUGUCACUCCCGAUCUAGACUUGGAUGUCAACUUUAACUCCAAUUCCAACUUGUUCUUACAUUUUGCAUUUGUUAUUUGUUAUGUCGUAUUUGGUUGAUUGAUGUUGCUGGGUAUGUUAAGUUGAUUGAUUGAUAUUGCUGGGUAUGUUAUGUUGAAAUUUCUCUGCAACUGUUCGAAUUAGCCCAAUACGCAUCAGAAAAUGGUGUUUAGUCGAAUUGCCAACAUCAUUUCUUCUGCAUCAAGUCGUUGGUCUAGCCCUCAGGGGGGUUCCAAUCUAUCUCCCCCCAAAAUUGCCUUUGCCAACCCUGCACGGAGCAAGAACUAUCUGCGUCUCUCAUCAUCUCUCCAGGAUUUCUCGGCCUAUCGCCAGAUUGACCCUGAAGAUCCCCAUCCCAGCGUUGUCACUCAUUCCAAACCCCCUGAUUCCUUACAGAGAGAAACUGCCAACUCCAGCUUCUCAAAAGAGAAAGCACUGCCAGGAGGAGGAACCCCAUCUGCCUGCAACAAGUGGGUUCGAGCCCUCAUGCUUCUGUGUUGUAUCUUGUUGUUGGGUUUUCUAAUUUAUUUGGUUUCCAUGUUCACUUAUUCUUAUUGGUCUAGAGGAGAGCCCAAGUUCUAUAUUGUACUUGAUUGUGGAAGUACUGGAACUCGUGUUUAUGUAUAUCAAGCAUCCUAUGAUACUGAGAAAGAUGGCACUUUUCCUAUUGUCAUGAAGCCGUUAACACAAGGUCUUCGAAGAACAUCUAAUUCACACAGAGGCCGUGCUUAUGAUCGAAUGGAAACUGAGCCCGGGCUUGACAAGUUGGUGCACAAUGUUUCCGGCUUGAAGGCUGCAAUAAAACCACUUAUUCGAUGGGCAGAGAAGCAAAUCCCACAAAGGGCACAUAAGACAACCUCGGUUUUCCUUUAUGCUACUGCCGGGGUUCGCAGACUUCCUACUGUCGAUUCACAGUGGCUUCUGGACAAUGCAUGGUCUAUACUCAAGAAUUCACCUUUUUUGUGCCAAAGAGACUGGGUUAAGAUUAUCAGUGGCUUGGAAGAAGCUUAUUUCGGCUGGAUAGCCCUUAACCAUCACACGGGUAUUCUGGGGGCCAAACCAAGAAAGCCAACAUUUGGUGCACUUGACUUGGGUGGUUCAUCACUGCAGGUUACAUUUGAGAGUAAUGAACAAGUGCAUAAAGAGACCAGUUUAAACCUUAGAAUUGGGGCCAUGAACCAUCAUCUCACUGCAUAUUCUCUCCCAAGCUAUGGUUUAAAUGACGCAUUCGAUAAGUCUGUAGUACAUCUUUUUGAGAGGCUUCCAGAAACCAGUAAGGCAGAACUAGUAAAUGGGAAGGGAGAACUUCAGCAUCCAUGCUUGCAGUCCGGUUACAAGGAGCAAUACGUUUGCUCUCAAUGCGUUUCUAAAUUCCAAGAAGGUGGAAGCCCUGUGAUUGCUAAAAAGUGGUUGGAUAAAGGAGGCAGAUCAGGGAUUUUGUUGCGGCUUAUUGGUGCUCCAAAUUGGGAUGAGUGCAGUAAACUUGCCAGAGUUGCCGUCAAUUUGUCGGAAUGGUCCAAUAUAAAUCCAGGAAUUGACUGUGACUUGCAACCUUGUUCUCUUCCCAAUGGUGUACCCCGUCCUUAUGGAAGAUUCUUUGUGAUUUCCGGAUUUUUUGUGGUUUAUCGGUUUUUCAAUUUGACGUCAGAGGCAUCACUUGAUGAUGUGUUGGAAAAGGGUCGGGAGUUUUGUGAAAGAACUUGGGAAGUUGCAAAGAACAGUGUUGCUCCUCAGCCCUUCAUUGAACAGUACUGCUUUAGGGCACCAUAUAUUGUAUUCUUGUUGAGAGAGGGAUUGCACAUCAUAGAUAAUCAAGUUAUAAUUGGGUCUGGAAGUAUUACAUGGACACUUGGGGUUGCUUUGUUGGAAGCUGGGAAGGCACUUCCAACCAGAAUGGGGCUUCACAGUUACGAAAUACUCCAGUUCAAGAUUAACCCAAUAUUUCUUACUGCAGUUUUGUUUAUCUCUUUAAUUUUCCUCCUUUGUGCAUUAUCAUGUGUUGGCAAUUGGAUGCCAAAAUUUUUCUGGAGGCCAUGUCUCCCACUGUUUAGGACUAAUGGUGCAUCUUCUGGAUCUGUUCUGAGUAUUCCGUCUCCUUUUCGGUUCCAGCGCUGGAGUCCUAUUAGCUCUGGGGAUGGAAGAGCAAAGAUGCCUCUGAGUCCAACAAUUGCUGGUGAUGCCCAAAGGAGACCAUUUGGCUUAAGGCAUAGUCUCAACAGCAGCAGUGACAUCCAGUUAAUGGAGUCUUCCUUAUACCCAUCAACUAGCAGUAUGUCCCAUAGUUAUUCCUCUAAUAAUCUGGGCCAGAUGCAACUGGACAGCAUUAGCAUGGGUUCCUUCUGGUCUCCUCACAGAUCUCAGAUGCGUCUUCAAAGCAGGCGAUCACAAUCUCGGGAAGACCUGAAUUCUUCGCUGGCUGAGGCACACAUGGUGAAAAUUUAAGGGAUGUUCGUCUACAUAUUUCGGCACCACGUAACGAUGUUGCAUUUCUGUGUGGUCUCUCCUGUGAUUGUGAAAUUACUCCUUGUGCCUGGCAUCAGUCGCAUUGGACUUGUCUUUCCACUCCCAUACAUAUUUGAAUUACAUUCAAUCUUUUGUUUUUUUUUUUUUUUUGUUUGGGGGUGGGGGGGUGGUUGGGUUGGUGAGAUCCGCUGAGCAUUAUCACACGAGGCGUCUGCCUGAUAUGAUCAGACAUCCAACAAUCAUAAGUUUUCAACACCACACAUAUAAGGUAUCGGAGUCUCUUGUUGAAUUUUGCGGCCAAAUUAACACAGAAUUUUCCUCCUUCAUGGGUUAGCAAAUGUUGACAUCAAAUUGAUGAAAGAUGAUUUACAAUUUACAGGCAGCAAUUAUAGUAACAUAUACAGCCGUCUCUUAUACAUGCA